GCAGGUUAUCAAUACUGUGGAAAUGAUGAAUGCGUGAAAUUCUUGAAUUUCUCAAGAUUUAUGUCUGAGAUCUUCCGGCGAUUUAUGCCUUGUUUAGACUCUUGAGAAGCGCUUGGUGUUCGGCAACCGCGCUUUCUCGGAGAGGUGGGCGUACGAUGGAACGGUAAAAGAAUGGUCGUUAUUCUGAAUGCCCGAGAGGCGAACCAUAGUGAGGAAACUUAUUCCAAAACCGACAAUAUUUCUGCGGCCGCUCUCACACCACCUCUCCUCCUGGCCGGAAAGGCCAAUGAUUUAGACGACCACCACCCGUCGGAUCGACCAACAGACUCGAAACCGAUUUCGAGACGGCAUCAGAUCCUGACGAGCUUGGCAGCUGGUGCUGCGGCGGGUGGCUUGGCGAAAACCGCGAUUGCGCCGCUUGACAGAACAAAGAUAAAUUUCCAGGUUUCCCCGGUGAAGAAUUUUAGCGCCGCGAAAGCUUUAGAGUUUAUAUUGCGAACCUACCGAAACGAAGGUUUCCUGGCGUUAUGGCGAGGCAAUUCGGCCACGCUGCUUCGCAUCGUGCCUUAUGCCGCCGUGCAGUUCGCAUCCCACGAACAGUGGAAGCAUCUCUUGCACGUCGACACUCCGAGCCACAAGGAAGGCGAAUGGAGAAGGUUCGCCGCGGGUUCAUUGGCUGGUGUUACGGGUCAAACUGUAGUUUAUCCACUGGAUGUUACCAAAGCUCGGAUGGCUGUGACAAGUGCCGAGAAGCACGGCACGUUGCUCGCUGUGCUUCGGAGUACAGUGAAAGAAAAUGGCUUCCGGUCACUUUACAGGGGCUAUCUACCGGCCAUGUUGGGAGUGAUUCCGUAUGCCGGCGUCUCGUUCUACACUUUCGAGACCCUGAAGCAAUGGCAUACACGGCGAGAGCAAACGAAGCCGAGCGCAAUGGAGAAGUUGAUGUUCGGUGCUAUUGCGGGACUCAUGGGGCAAAGUGCGUCCUAUCCUUUAGACAUCGUUCGACGACGGAUGCAAACAGCAGAUAUCAUGAAAAUCGAAUACAGAAGUGUUCUAGGCACCCUCCUGAAGGUUUACAGGCAAGUCCAGAACAGAAUUUGUCGGAUGCUCUUGUUUUGUCGUAAAAAGGAAGAAGGUCUCAAGGGCGGCUGGUACAAAGGACUUAGUAUGAACUGGAUCAAAGGACCGAUUACAGUGGGCAUCAGCUUCACGACGCAUGACACACUUGUUGCCUUCAUUCGAGGUCUUCCAAUUUUCAACGGAGAAUGAAAAUUGUUGCAUUUUUCCUGCGUCCGACAUGCGACCACCAGUCUCGUUUAUUGUUUCGGAAAUUUUAGUGUAUUUUGUACCCUUGGACAUAGACUAGCGACGAUUUGAUUGAGCAUUGGUUAUUGUGGGUUGUUAGUCAAAUUUUUAAUGAACAUCCUGAGUGCGAUUCAACACAUGCGGUCAUAUCCCAGAGUUGAAAGUGAAAUUAGUCGACGUGAUCCCGGCACUAAUGCCGAAAUGCGGUUUGUUCAUGGGUUCUUUCGUAAAUUUCCUACAUAGCUGGAUUUGCUUGUUGAACUUUUUUUGUUGCGUGCCAGUGUUGAGCAAGGAGGAUCCAACUGAUACCAGUGAGAACGUCCUUUGGAAUCGUUGUGCAAUCGGGGAGGGCUUACAGGGGGGCUUUGGAAUGGAAAUUAGCUCAGAGGAAAGUGAAAUAAAAAUUUUAACACUUGGAUCAUCUCAGUAA